AUCUUCUCAAGCGCAAUCACGUGGUAAACCUCAUGGUCCCCUUUCCCAAGAAUGCCGGAAAGCGGCGUCCAUUUAUUGUGAUGAGGACUUAUCAGCUCAUAACCAGCGAGCGUUAUCCUUCUACGCACUUCUUUUACGUCCAUUGUAGCUUUCAGUUCACACAAGUCUCUACCCCCACACUUCCUUUCCGGUGGCCAUGGACCACAAGCAGAUUGAGGAAAAGGCGGAAGAACUAAUUCAUUAUGUUGCUAAGGGGUGUACCUCCAGGUAUGAAGGGUCCUGGACACUGUCUGUCUACGACACAGCCUGGGUAUCGAUGAU